GCGCAGGCAGGCCUAAUGCUUUUUAGACUUGAUAUUGACGUCGUGUGUUUGGCGUUCAUACUUAUCAACAGCGAUUUAGACCGAACAUCAUGCAGUUGUUUGUUCGUGGCCAGACUUUGCACUCUGUUCAUCUGAAUGGCUCAGAGACUGUUGCCCAUAUCAAGGCUCAGAUCGAAGCUUUGGAGGGUCUGGCCUGUGAUGAUCAGGUCAUAUCUCUCUGCGGGGUUCCUCUUGAGGAUGAGACACUGAUCUGUCAGUCUGGGAUUGAGGAGUUCAACACUCUUGAGGUCUCAUCGAGGCUGUUAGGAGGCAAAGUCCACGGUUCCCUGGCUAGAGCAGGCAAAGUCAGAGGACAAACUCCCAAGGUGGACAAGCAAGAGAAGAAAAAGAAAAAGACCGGCAGGGCAAAGAGAAGAAUUCAGUACAAUCGGCGCUUUGUAAAUGUCGUCCCAACGUUUGGCAAAAAGAAAGGGCCAAAUGCCAACUCAUAAUUUGCUCUUCAAAAUGACUGUCAAUGUUCACUGCAUUAUUUGGCUGACCACUUGGACAUUGCUGAUGGGUGGAAAAAUGUAAUACAAAAGCCAGCUGAUUCAUGAAAACUAAUUAUUUUGGGCACUUUAUGUGCUAUAAUGAUGUGUAAAGUAUGUCAUUAUUAGACACUGAAUCACUUUGGUGAAAGAAAGAUUUUGUAAGUUGCAAAUAAAAACAUUUAAUGAAA